AUGGCAAAGCCCGGCUUAGAGGUCUGCGUGGGCGUGCCCAGCGAGAGGUCGGCAGCCGUACCGGAUGACACCUCUGAAGUCUCGUUCUACAUGCCCGACGAUCUCUCGGCAUUUCCUCCAGGGUUCCCGGAUGCCUCCGAGCUGCCUACAGACUCCGACGACUCCUGGACAGAGAAGGAGAUGAUCGACCGUUACAGUCAGUUCUUGAUUGAGAUGCAGGCAACUCGGCCUGAAAUUUUGCGAGGGAUCCGUACUUUUCAAGUCCUCCAGGAGGGCCCCCGACGUUGGAUUCAAGGUGAUUUGCACGGCCUCCAUGCCUGCACUGAAGUGGUGACAGAGCUUGAUGAGUUUUGGUCCCACAGCUGGCAACUCCAUCCUUUGACGAAGUAUGUGAGCCUACUCUUCGCCAGCAAUGGCUUUCCGGCAUUCGUAGUGGGCACGGCCACUGCCUUGGUGCCCUUCACGCUUUUUGCAGCAGGGAUCCUGCCCUGGGAUAGAUUAUGCACCCUCUGUGGUGCGGCCGGCUACUACUUCACCCUGCUGCUUUGGCGGCAGAGGAGAAAGAUCUUCCUGGACAUUGCCUGCAUCAACCAGACAGACCAAACCGAAAAGGCUGAGGGCCUCGUCAGCUUGGGGGCAUUUUUGAAGAGAUCUCGAUCUCUACUUGUUCUUUGGGAUGCCACGCUUGUGUCAAGGCUCUGGUGUAUAUUUGAGAUGGCAGCUUUCCUGCGCAGCCACGGGUUAGACUCCCAAAGGAAGUCCUUCGUGAUCUGCCCAAUUUUCUCUGGCCUGGCCUACCUUGUCGGCAAUUUUGGUUUGUGCGUGCUCUGCUCCAUUUUCAGUUACUCGCUGUCACUGAUGCCUUUGUUUCCGUGGGGAGGGGCGCUAAUAUCCGCACUGGCUGGUCCGUGCUUGACAAGCCUCAUGUAUGUUGUUCUACUGCACUAUCGCAACGUCGACACCGUGCAGAGACAGUUGCAACAUUUCACUAUUCGAGACUCCUCUUGUGCCUGCUGUCCUGAUAAUCAUUUGGAUCCAAGAUCCGGUGAGCGGAUGUUCUGCGAUCGCAGCAUCAUUCUCCGGUGCAUUUCCGAAUGGUUCGGUUCCACGGAUCACUUCGAGUCUGUCGUUCGAGGCAGGCUGCGAGAUGCGCUCGUGGAAGAACUGGCCAACCGCACCUUCGUUUAUUGGCGCAUCGUGCAGGCAACCAGCCCUAUCCUGUGGAUGGGACUGGACCUCUUGACAGACAACAUCGUUGAGACACCGAACAUUAUUCUCAGCAUUAUACUGUAUUGGCUGAUUGUUGUCCCAAACUGUGUUCUACUUGUGCUCCGACUAGCCUACAUGGCCAAACUUCUGUGCGAUGGUAGGUUCGCGCGUGCAUUGCUCGCCAUCGGGUUGGUGGCCACUGGUGUGCUCAUCUUCGGCACUUGUUUCGCAUCUCAGAUGGUACUUCUUCCUUUUUUUCUGCGUCAGUAUAUGGGUCCGGAUCCAACUAAGCACAUGCCUGCAUGGGUGCUAUCUACGGUGCUGCAUAUCUGCAUUAUUGGCCCUUGCAGCCUUCUUCUAUGGCAUGGGCUCUUCGUGCGCUUGGGAAAAGCCGAGCCAAUACUGGACUCAGCCGCUGCUGCGAAGCGCCAAAGCACUCUGCCCACGGAGGCCCCGACAGACCUCCGGGAUGGCUCCCGCGUGUCCGUGAAGACCCUCGAGAACUCCGCGGGCACCGUGCGAUUUGUGGGCCAGACGGAGUUCGCAGAGGGGGAUUGGAUCGGUGUGGAAUUGGACCAACCACUGGGGAAGAAUGACGGUUCCGUCAAAGGGAAGGCAUAUUUUUCAUGCAAGCCAAACCAUGGAAUCUUUGCCCGGGCAGGAAAUUUGGUCACCAUUCCGAGUGGUUCGUUGCCGGAGAAACCCCAACACGCUACAUCCGAAUCUGAGGCAUCCGGCCCGUUGGUUCCGUUGCCGACACUCGCGGAAGCACCUGAGCCGGUGGAGGAGAAUGCAAGCAAGAAUGACGGUAUGGUCAUGGAGGAGAUAUUGGCGAAGCCGCCGCCGGCAACAAGCGGUGAUAGCUUCAAUGCAUUGGAAGCCACACACGAACUAGCAACCCGCAGCCACAUCACAAAAGAAAUGGAGGACCAGUUCGAGGAAGAGUUGAUGGUUUUUGAAGCGCGUCAACUACCGGAGACCAAAAUGUCCAUGAUGGUGGAUGAUACCGUCAUGAAGGUUCAGGCAGCCGUUGCCCAAGACGAGGCAGCACCAACGCAGAAAAAACGCAGGAAACGGAAAGCUCGCGACCCUACUGGCUUCGGUGCUUUUCUCCGGCAAAAGCAGGCAAUGGAUCUUUCAGCAACCUUCCGCGACGUAGCGAAUGCGGCGACCAGAGAGUGGGCUGACCUCGGGGACGAAGCACGUGCUGCAUUCCGUUCCAGUGGUAACCUUCCACGCUCCACGCAGGCGCCGAAGAAGUUCCAUCCGGAACCUUUCAGCAGCGCAGUGUACAGCAUGCAAUCCAAAGCAGCUGGCAUGGAAAGCCGUGAGGUAUACACCGUGCUUUGGCACGUCGACUGGGGCCAAGUCAAAGGAGAAGCAUUUUCCAAUGAAGACGACGCCGACACCAAAUUCGACGAGCUGGACGGUGGCGAGUAUGCUGCAAUGCUGGUGGACAAGGCCUACAACGAGAUCAAAUACUACGGAACGCGGGGAAAGGUUCAGGCGGAGAUGGAAGAAUACUGGAAACGGCAUUUCAAGGGAUCGAAGGCUUUGGACCAGAUCAAGAAGAAGAACCAACCCAAGGAAUCCUCAGCAGCGGAAGUUGAGGUUAAGGACCAUGCUUUGGACGAGUCCUUGGCGGAGCUGCGCAAAGACCACUGGGUUUCCGAGGAGGAGCGUGCCGACCCGGUGGUGUUCCGAUGGGAGCUGGAUGAGACCAGGACGAAGAUUGAGAAGUGCCUUUGCGGCGAUCUCUUCUUGCCGAGCCCAGAGAAGGACAAGAUUGGCUUUCUCGAUCUCGCUCUGGAGAGGUUCGACACCGUGGCGCUGAAGCGCGAUCGCACAGAGGGGCACGUGAUCUCCGUGGACAAGGAGAGUCGCCUUUGUAAGGUUGUGUUUCCGGAGCGGGAAGGCUCAGCGCGCGUUGGUUUCCAGACCCUCUCGAGCCUGAUGUUUCAGCGACGGAAAACGCCCGAUGCUUUGCGACAGCUGCGUGCGCCAGAUUUCUUCCCUCCUGAGGAGGGAGACCUGCACAAGGUGACUAUGCCAAGCAAGACUCCUGCCCAGCGGGCCCAUCAAGAGAAGGCCAUCCCGGUCGAGACAGUGUGGGAGGAUGAUGACUCUGGUAACUUCUGCUGGACAUACGGCAAUGAGGAGCUGGAUGUGCGCGCUGCCUCAACGAGCUGCACAGCUUCUGGCAAGGUCGCGAUUCCGUUCCGGUUCAUACCUUCGCCAGACAUUAAAAAAAUGGUGGAAAACUCGGAGGAGGAGUUCAAGAAAUUCAAGGACCGAAAGACGCCACAAGGAUGGUGUUACCAAGCCAACUUUUGGCGUCUGCUGCAGACAUCAGGGCAGUGCCAGCUGGAGGUCGCAGCAACCAUGGCCAACGUGGCCGAGCUUACCGAGCUCGCCUCAGGGAAGAGGCGCCAGGGUCUGACGAAGCGGGGUGCCGUCUGCGCCGAUCCGAUCCGGGUUCGCAAGAGAAGGCCUCGAGUGGAUGUCAAAUGCACCGGCCAGGCCUUCCUCUGCAAGCCUGGAUCACGCCUCGGCUUGCUUGCCACGAAUGACUUUUCGCUGCCCUACAUCUCCAG